UGUUCAAGGCGACAAUAUCGUCGGGAACAGCCUCUCCACCAUCCUCACCAUUGCCUCAAGCGGUCGCAUCAUGCUGGAGAUAGAAGAGAAUUCUAAAAGCCACAAGCGCUUUUGGAGAAGCUUUUCUUUACCUUGGGGUUAUGCUUAACGUUAACAGCGAUGCUGCAGUCAAAUCGAACCCAAGUUUCCCCAUUUCGCGCUGCUGAGCUGACGGUGUACUACUGGUCACCGAAUGUCGCGGGCGUCCUGCAGGCACGGGGCGCAGUUGUUCCACUUACAACUCUGCGCAAUUCCGCACGCAGAUUCAAAUCAAACCAAAGGCAGCUCAUACGCAUCGACUGCGAUUCCAGAAGAUCAGUCGGGCCAUGACAUUAUCUCCUCCUUCUCUAAGCCCCACGCCGGUCGGGCCGCCCAACAACCUCUGUUCGCAGUGCGCAACUCUCGAUCUGGACGAUGCACUCCGGUUCAAUCCGGGAAUACCGGUCCGAACCGUCUUCAAAAUAACUCGAUUGAAGCCAGAAACUUGCAGUUUCUGCAAAUUCCUAUCCGGCAAUCUCACGUCUCAGCAACUCCUCUUUUCGAAAAGAUCGAAGCACCCAUACUUUGUAUUGAACGACGCGGGGAAUACAGUCUCUUCGAUUUUCUCGAUAUCCGCAAUUCCAUUAUCUUCGAUCCAGAUGGACCCAUCAGUCAGAAUCUGCGAGCAAUCACACACCUAUGAUCGAUGAUUACACAGAAGUCCGCGAGUGGAUCGCCUCAUGCAUACAGAACCAUGGACAUAUACCUCGCAUAUUGAGUGAGUCAAAUCACG